AUGGCGGAGUCAGCCCCCAUCACCACAGCACGCUGUCACCUCCUCGAGAUGCCACCAGAACUUCGCAAUCGUAUCUACCGCUUCGCUCUUGUGCAACACAGCCAGAUCUUUGUGUGCGACGAUGGAUACGAUGGCCUCAAGACGCCAGCACUCUUGCGAGUCUGUCGUCAGAUACGUGCCGAAGCCAGGUCCAUCUACUAUAUCGAAAACAAGUUCUCAAUCGAAGUGCCCGACCCCGACCCAGCGGUGGCACUUCACUUUCACCAACAGGCCGAAGGUCUUUGGUCCAAUUAUGAGGUGGGCAACAAUUUUGCAGAGGGCUUUGAGUACGAGCUACGCUUCUGGAACUGCUGGAGUUGGAAGAAUAGUGGUUGGAGCUCUACCACAAGGAUCAGGUCUCCAUGUUCACAGACUGCGGCCAUUGGCCCGAGAACCAUCCCACUGUCUGGUGCAACUGUUCGUAUGUUUGAGCUGGUAAUCGAGAUGCAGAGAUGUCGAUGGAGCACCGUGAGCGCAGCUCUAGAGGUUUUUAAGGAAGCUUUGGAGGAUCAAGCUGGAGAUAGGUGGUGGUGGGACGAUUGA